AUGAGUGAAGCUGCUGCUGAUUCAGAUAUUAUCAAACGAACUCAAGACACUCUUGGUCAAAUAAUUAAUGCACCAGCAUUGACCGAUAAACUUCUCAAUCGGCCACCAGUGCAAUUUCUGCAAGACAUUGUUAAAGCAGUUGUGAAAAAAACAAAUUUUCUUCAAGGAUUAUAUUCAGAUGAAGAACUUUCAUCAGCCUAUCUUAAAGAAAGUCGAGACAAUAAAACUUUAUUCAUGAAAAAACUUGUUACUGCUGUUUAUAUAGCCGUUAAAAGACCACCUGAUGUACGUGUUUCUAAAAUUUUAGCUGGCCAAGAAGCAGAUAAAACAAAUCUUUUAUUACAAGCUCUUGCUGAAGCAAUUAAUUCCAAUGUUGAUAAUAAUGAAGUUGUUCGAAAAACUUUACAAAGUCUAGGUGAAACAAAUGAAAAUGAAGAAGCACCACGUAGUCGCGAUCGUAAAGAUCAAGAACAAUCAGAGAGACAUAAAUUAAAAGAAGAACGUUCAAGUAAAUCACAUGAACGUGAAGAAUCGACAUCAGAAAAAAAGACAAGUUCAAGAGAUUCAACGAAAGAUCAAAACGAUGCAGAUGGAAGUAGUCAUGCAAAAAAACGACGAAGUUCUCGACCCAGUGAUGAUAAUGCUAAUGAUGAGAAAAAAUUAGCAGCUGCACAAAAACAAGACGAUGAUGAUGACAAUGAUAAAAAAGAUGAUGAUGAUUCAAAAAGUCGUCGAUCAACACGACCAUCAUCAGCUAAAGGUCCGCGAAAACAACAAAAUAAUGGUAGUCAACAACGACCAACAUCUCCUAAACAUGAUUCCUCAUCAAGACAACCUCCAGCACAACCAACACCAACAUCUACUGAUCGAGAUAAUACCGACGAAAGACCUUUAGUUCGACCAGGUACUGCUAAUACUGCAGCUAAAAUUCGUAAGCCAAUGAAAGUAACAGCAUCUGAUGAAAUAGCGGGAUCGUCAGGAAGAGUGCCUAGUGCUGCACAACGUGGUCAAGGAACUUUAAUUGUUGAAAGUAAAGGUUCUCGUGAUAAUGAUAUAAAUAAUGACAAUGAUGACGAAGAUGACAACUUCUUGAUACAAGAAGAAAAACCUUCAUUAACAAAAUCACUUAGACAAGAUGAUUUGGAUAAUCGAGGUGGAGGUAUUGGCGAUCAAGAUGAUGAUGAAAGUGCUCAACAUGGUGCACUUGUUAAAAAAAUGAUUGAUUCAAAAAAACAAUUAGAACAUGGAAGUGAAAUAGCUGGACAACGUUCUGAGGUGAAAACAUUUGCACAAAAUGAUGCUCAACGUCGACGAGAGCGUGAAAAAAUCCAAAAAGAUGUUGAUAAACUUCGCGAAACAAUUCAAUCGCUUACAAAAAGUGUCGUACCAUUGGGUAAAAUACUUGAAUAUCUUCAAGAAGAUUAUGAAAUGAUGGCAAAAGAAAUGCAACAUUACAGUGACGAAUACAAGAGAACAGUUAUUGAAUUAAGAAAAGAAAAAUUUACAACCGAUCAAAAUCUUGAACCACUUCGAGCAGCAUUACUGGAUGUUGAUGAACAAAUAAUCGAUAUGAAAAAUCGAAUUAUAUUCAUGAAGAAAAAGAUUAAUAAUAAUGAAAAAGCUAAUGCAAGUCGUCUUCUUGAUAUUAUUCGCAAAACUAAAUAA